AUGAAGUUUAUCUACUGCAGCGGGAGAUUGCUGGAAGCAGUGAAUGUUCAUCGAAUUUACAAAGAUUCAAAAACAUUUGUGGAUAUGGUAAUGAAAAAUGAUCCAGGUUUGAAGAAAUUGCUAUUUUUUGAAUUUUUCCAGAAAUUUCAUGAGAUAAGAAGGAUUAAUCGGAAAUAUUUGAAGCAUCAUUUCCAUUGUCCAGAAAAUACUCUUGAAGCUUUCAACAAACGAUUUGGUGACUUGCCAGCUGGGAUAAUCGACCGCAGUGAUUUGAAGCAAUUUCUGGAUGAUUAUUUUUUGCCGCCUAGUAGUGAACUGAUCAACUGCACCCCUGCAGACUGGGUACCACGCCCGAGAAAACUGAUGCAAAUCACCGAUCCAGUGCUUCGUCACUGGGCUCUGGAUAUUAAUAUGCUGUGGAAAACACUUUGUAAAACGAUCAAUCCCGAAAUGAAAAAGUACGAGUCGCGCUCGUCACUGAUAUACCUACCGCAUAAUUUCAUGAUCCCUGGUGGUCGAUUUCGAGAAUUUUAUUAUUGGGAUACAUACUGGAUAUUGAAAGGAUUGAUUGUUUCUGACAUGCUCAACACAACUAGAGAGAUGAUCCUGAAUCUGGCCCAUAUCGUUGAAAAGCACAGCUUCAUACCGAACGGAGGAAGGAUUUAUUAUUUACAUCGAUCUCAACCGCCGGUGCUUUGUGGUAUGGUGUAUGAGUAUUACGAAAGCACAGAGGAUCUAGAUUUUGUAAAGAAACUACUGCCCAUUAUGACAAAAGAAUUCCAAUGGUGGAAAGUUCAUAGAACAGUGAGUGUAACGAUGAAGAACCAAGAUCGACAUACGGUGUUUCAAUAUCGCACUGAUAGUAAUGUUCCGAGACCGGAAUCUUUCCGAGAAGACAUCCUGUCAUCUGUUGGGAUUGUAAACAAGACCGAAUUUUGGCAGGAUAUAGCCAGCACAGCGGAAUCCGGUUGGGAUUUCAGCAGUCGCUGGCUGCGCGAUAAACGAACUCUGAAAACCGUUGAGACAACUAAAAUUCUACCGGUUGAUCUGAAUGCGCUGAUGUGCUGGAACAUGAAUAUUCUGGAAUAUUUCUACGAACUUGUCGGUAAGCUAAAAAACUGAAU